CAGACGUGGCUUGCUACAUCGUUCAGGACGGCCUGGCGGAAGGAGGAAUUUCAAGGAGGAAUAGCAAAGAUACUGGAUGUGAGGACCAAAAAACUAAAAUAUAUAUACCUAUAAUGACGUCACGCUGCUUGGAAUUCAUUGUGAUCAUUUUGUCUCUGGUCAAGGUCCUGACAGCGGAAGAUAAUGAAAGAAUUCCCUUCAAGCCACCCUGCUCCGUCCGACGAAUGGAGAUGACGUUUCCUCACGUUGUCGACGUUCGCCUACGUCACGUAACGUCAGGUCUCCCGGGCGACACGACGUCAAAGCAGUAUGAACCAACUCGAGACUGGUUUUCCCUGGGGUUGACAUGGAGGCGAAGAAAACUGAAAAUAGUUCUGUACAGAACCGAUUUAGUACCGCCGCGGUCGUUCUCUGAGUGGAACGAAGGAAAUGAGACAGUUUCCGAGAGGCUGGAUGCCAGAUGUUUUUAUCACGGCUACGUGCGGGGACAGGUCGCCUCGUAUGUCGCCGUCUCAACCUGUCUCGGCGUGGCUGGUUACAUACAAACUGACGAAGAGCUGCUGUUUGUGGAGCCCACGGCCACCCAUAACGGUCUGGGCAUGGCACUAAAGGCACACCUUAUUUACACGUGUGAAGGCCGCGAACCGGCUUCCACGCAAGACGAUUGGGCCCCUUCAGGUUCUGAUGAUCAUACGAUGGAUAAACAUUGGCGGGAGAAACGAUCUACUAAACGAAAAACCAAACAUCUCGAAGUGUUCAUGGCUGUAGAUGAUAGCGUCACGAGGGUUGUGGGAAAGCGAAAUAUAAAUAUAUAUCUUCUUACACUAAUGAAUAUUGUUAAUUCUGUUUACCAACAUUCCAGUCUGGGCGUCGAUAUAAAAGUUUCUCUUGUUAGAAUUAUGGAAUUGGAUUCUGACGAUCAAAAACGAAUAAUUGCUAAACAGGACGCAUAUCGAACUGUACGCAAUUUCUGCCAGUGGGCGCUUCAUCUGUACAGACCCGGGGAUCCACGGACACACGACAUCGCUGUGCUGCUAACUCGCGAACAGCUGGGACCUGCAGGGUAUGCUCCCAUCACAGGAUUGUGUAACCCCAUGCGGAGCUGUGCUGCCAUCAAAGAUGAGGGUUUCACUUCAGCUUUUAUAAUCGCCCACGAGAUGGCGCAUGUCUUUGGCUUGAUGCAUGAUGGUCAUGGCAACCGCUGCCACGGGCCGCGCUACAGGUCAUCUAUAAUGGCGGGGCUGGUGGAGGCCAAGAUGAAUCAUUUCUGGUGGUCCAGAUGCAGCAGUGAGCGGAUGAAACAAGUCAUUGAUUAUUUGUACUGCCUGGAUGAUGAACCGUACACCCUGAAGGAUAUGCCGGAACUACCGGCCAUCUUGGGGUCUCCAUGGACGCUGGAACAACAGUGUCGACUGGAGUUUGGAGAACAGUUUUCACUCUGCAAAACAUUCUAUAGCAACCCAUGUAGCAUGCUGUGGUGCAGCACCAGAGACCAACCACUGCUGUGUCGAACUAAAAGAGGACCGCCACUUCCAGGCUCGCCAUGUGGUCGAGACAGGCGCUGCCGGAACGGUCAAUGUUCUUACGUGGGUCACGAGCAGCCCGUCAACGGCCGCUGGGGUGCGUGGAGCCCCUGGUCCUCCUGUUCCACGGACUGUGGGGUGGGGCUGCGCUACCGGGCACGAAAAUGUGAUAAUCCAAGUCCUGAUUUUGGCGGCAAGUCGUGUGAUGGAGAAAAGGACGCCACGGGAACAUGCGUGACAACAAAAUGCAAGCAGUGGGUUGACCUGAGGGCGGGGCAGUGCAGUGUGUGGGACGAGAUGAACAUUCGACCUGGCUCGCACAAAUGGCUGCCAUACCAAGCUAAACGAGCCGAAGAUUACUGCAAGCAAACCUGCAUAUCAUCAUCAACUCAGGAAGUAGUGUCUAUAGAUGUGCUAGUAGAAGAUGGCACACCCUGCACAUACAACGACCAUUACACCAUUUGUAUUGAUGGAAAAUGUCAGAAGGUUGGCUGUGACGGUGUGACCAACUCGUCGAAAUCGGUGGACGCGUGCGGUGUGUGCGACGGGGAUGGAUCAGACUGCAAGACCGUGGAAGGGGAUUUUACAAAAGUCCCACUCAAAGCCGAUGAAUACGAACAAAUCGUUUUUCUUCCGUCUGGAGCACGAAAUGUGGAAAUUACAAAAUCUCAGGAAUCUCCUCAUUUUCUAGCUGUCAAAGAUCCCGAACAAGGCGUCUACAUUCUGAACGGAGACAAGCGCAAGCAGUCAACUCAGAAUUUCAUUGCGCACGGGGCCGCGUUCAUCUACACAACGGGUCGCACAUUUGAAAGUCUUGUGUCCAGAGGACCGUUGAUGAAAAACCUGGAGAUUAUGUUCUAUCCCAACAGCUACAGGAAGAAGGCGUCGGUGACGUACUCGUACACGGUGAACAAAGACGACCACACCCUAGAGAAGUACAAGUACAGGUGGAAGUUCGAGAAGUGGUCAGGGUGCUCCGUCACCUGUGGAACCGGCGUGCAGUCCAUCAUACACGGAUGUUUCGACAAGGGAAGUGGAGCCAGACUGAAUAAUGAGAUGUGUAGCUACCUGGACACGCCCAGGAAAGACCAGGCCACGUGUCACAGAGAGCCGUGCGAACAGUACAAGUACAACUGGGUUAUGUCAAACAAGUUUACCGAAUGCUCCAUUUCGUGUGGGGAAGGGGGUAUGAAGAAACGACUGUUUAGCUGUGAAAUUGCCUAUCACAAUGGAACUUUUAUUCCAACAUCCAUGGACAAAUGUUCUCACCUUGACGAACCCAUCGAAGAGGAGCCGUGCAAUGACUUCCCGUGUUUACAGAAGUGGACAGUUGGAGAAUGGGGGAAGUGCUCCAAGACAUGCGGUAUGGGCGUGAUGAAGAGAACAGUGUACUGUGUAGAAAAGGGUUCUCCGAACGUAAAAUUGUGUUUCCCAGAAAAGCAUCCAUCAGAAAAAAUAUGCAGUGGACCAUCAUGUCGCGCCUCACAACGCGACAUGGCCUGUAAGGACAAAUAUCCUUUCUGCAGAAUGGCGUCCUCCAAGAAAUGUCGUCUGGCGGGUUUCAGGAAAAUGUGCUGUGCCGCCUGCCAGAAGGGCAGACGACGAUCUCCCGCGUACAGACGCUGGUACGCCAUGAUUAAAAAACGACGAGCCAGGAUGAGAUCUUUAAGACUCAGGAAGUUUAGGAGAUUCAAGAAGUCGUAAUUCUAGACAGUUAAUAAUUACUACAGUUUGUCAUCAUCACUCGCGGUUUUCAACGCCUACAAUAGCGGGUUAUUCAAAAGACAGAUCAGGAAAUGUAGGAGGUCUACAUGAAAAACAGGUCGUUGUAGAUAGGUCGUUAAAAUCCACUAAGUUCAUCUUUCUACAUUUAGUAGCAAAUAAUUGUGGAUAUCUAGACAGUUGAUACUACAGUUGCCAACAACUCUACCAUUUUGACCACAAGCAAUAAAGGGAUUAUUCAAAACACUGAAGAAGAUUUAGACAUAAACAAUGUAGUUCUAGACAUAUAAAAUUUAAUGUUUUCAUCACCUAGUUUUCGUAUUACCAAUAAACGUAUUAUUUAAAAUUAUAAGGAAGUUUAAAAAAUGAAGGACGUACCUAGCAUUGGGUAUGGGGUGGGGGUGGGGGCAAUUGCCAGCCCAGACAAAUAAGAAUAAGUUCCAAUAUUAGUUGACAAGUGUUCUUCAUUAUACAUCUUGAGAAGAUGUUAUUACUUUGCCCCGAUUCUUCUUUCUUUUCUUUUUUUGUACUACUUAAGUUAAUAAUGGCUAAGUACGUCCCUAGAAAUUAAAAAAAUUGUAGUAAUACAGUGUUAAAAUUUACUACAAUUCAUCUUCAACACUCGUUCUCAGUUAAUAUUUACUACACUGUUCAAAGUCAUUUCCAACAGUAGCAAUAAGCGGUUUAUUAAAAAAGACUGAUAAAGUUCUAAAAUAGAGUUCUAGACUGUUGAUAACAUUUCACUACAAUUUUAUUUCACCUCUCACUAUUAACCCUAGCAAACGUAUUAGACGAUGGAUAUUUACUACAAUUUAUCUUCACUUUUAACACUACAGAAGACAGGAAAUUUAGUAGAAAAUGAAUAGUUCUAGGCAGCUGAUAUCACUAAAAAUUAUUUUCAUCAUUACCAUAAAGUGUUGCACCUUAAAUUAAAGGUCCUUUGUCAUCAUUUUAGAUCUAACCCGAUCUACUUAGUAGAAAAUAUUUUAUAAAAACCCCACAAAAAACCCAGACCUGAAAAUCAUAUCCCAGUAAAAAUGCGGAUUAUACCUUGUCACAGCACGGACGCUGUAGGAAUAUGUGCGUCGACUGGACAUUUCUUAGUGAAACAUUACGCGGGUGUACCCAAGGUAAACGUGCUUAAACCCAUAAGUGUACGAGACGGGGGGGGGGGGGGGGGGGGGGACAGCACCUGCUCUACUAGUGCUGAAGCAAAACUUCAAAUUCGGGCACAAAUUAUACAGAUAUUCGGGCACAAUGCGCUAACCCGAGACCUUUUUAUCUUAUAUUUCCAUCAUUAUACCCUCAAAAUUAGUUGUAAUCUAUCUAAAAAUGCAUAGUUAUUCAUUUGCAACCCUAUAUACCUGUAUGGUAGUAAUGGUAACAUGAAUAAAUGUUAUUAUGAUUCGGGCAUUUUCGUUUAAUUCGGGCAAAAGCCAGCUUGCACCACCCGCAACAAAAAUGGGAGCCCGUUGCCUAUGCUUAAACCUUCAGUGGUUGCAAGCACACGUCAAAUGGUUGGUUGUCAUAAGUGUCUGAACACGCCACACUAUAUAUUAAUUCGCCUCUUACGGUCGAUUUUGUGGAAGAACUACCAAGGCCCAAUUCCACUUAAGCAUUUUAUAGCAUAACAUAACGCUACAAAAGCGUUAGUAAAACGUUUUUUUUGUGGGUUUUUUUUGUUGUUGCUGUAAUGGAGUUACAUUUGGUAAUUCUGACGUGUAGUCAUCAGAGGAAACCCGCUACAUUUUUUUACUAAUGCAGCAAGGGAUCUUGUAU